UUUUCUGGAAGUCUCAGUCUUUUGAUUGUGUGUUUCCUGAAAGCAAGACCAAUCAUUUCAGUUUAUUCACUGGCUAAACUCUACUUGAUUGGGGACAAGCACACAAACCAUCCAUUACGAUCUGAUAUAUUAUCCAAACAAUUUAGUGUAUUCAUGAGGUAACCUAAAUGUGGAGGCUGCAAAAUUACCCGUAAUCAAUUGAAACAGCGAGUGCGCGUCCCUCUGUGUGUCUAACAACUACAUGUCUCUGUAAUAAGGCAGACAUUAAAUCAUUUUAGAGUUGUACUGUUGAGUACCUGAUCACUGGGCGCUCUGGGAAGCUGGACAGUCACAUUAGGACGCUGGGACUGAGGAAGCCGCUGCUUUUCCAGUGGGAUAAAACCCGAUCUUCCUUACUCAAGGUGCUUUACAGUUCCCCACCGAUCUCACCCUAAGUCGUGCAAUAUCCAGCAUAGACUUCGUCUUCUUCUUCUUCUUCUACUCUUCUAUAAUUUUUUUGUUAUCGUUGUUGGCGCUUUUUUUUUUUUGGUUUUGUUUUGUUUUUAUUGCACUACAUGUUUGGGAAACAAGACAAAAUGGACGUUAGAUGCAGUUCAGAGACUGAAGCUAACCGGGUCUCGAAGAACGGACAUAAAGAGGGCAAGGAAAGCAAAGGGUCUGAAGGAAAUAUUUCUACUUCUUUUUUGAAGGAUCAGCAAGGGACUUUUUCUGCCUCUGCAGCUACGGAAGGUUGUAAUAAAAGUAAAUCUAGUUCGGCUGAUCCGGACUAUUGCAGGAGGAUCCUAGUUAGAGAUGCCAAAGGUUCAAUCCGAGAGAUUAUUCUGCCUAAGGGGCUUGAUCUGGACCGUCCCAAGCGGACCCGCACCUCCUUCACGGCCGAGCAGCUCUACCGCCUGGAGAUGGAGUUUCAGCGCUGCCAGUACGUCGUGGGGCGGGAGCGCACCGAGCUCGCCCGCCAGCUCAAUCUCUCCGAGACUCAGGUCAAGGUCUGGUUCCAGAACCGGCGCACCAAGCAGAAGAAGGACCAGGGCAAGGACUCCGAGCUGCGGUCGGUGGUGUCCGAGACCGCCGCCACCUGCAGCGUCCUGCGGCUGCUGGAGCAAGGCCGGCUGCUCUCCCCGCCGGGGCUGCCCGGGCUGCUGCCGCCCUGUGCCACGGGCGCGCUGGGCUCGACUCAGCGAUUUCUAAGCACAAAGGUUUUGGGGCUCCACCUGUUGCCCCCGUUUACCCCCACACUCGCUGCACUACAGCCCCCGGUUUCCUUAACACCGAGCCCUUAA